GAGUUAUAUCUAGGUAGCUAUAUAAAAGUGAGGCAGCGGAGCGCCCGGCAGUUCCUCCACAGAAUCUGUCCGAGUCCGACGUAUCAACCUUCACCAUGCAGCGGCUAACCUUGUUUUUACUCUCGGCGGUGUUGGCUGUCGCUCUGGCAGAGGGCCAGUACUACGUGCCCCGCGCAUACUACACGAUCGACUCUACAGGGCACGCGUCGGCGCCCGUGCCCCUGCAGCGCCUGCGCCGGUCCUUCUACCCUUAUCCCGGCCCUGGAUCUGAUGCUAAUGCCAACGCUAACGCCAACGCAUGGGGAGGUGGCAACGCUAACGCGAACGCGAACGCCAAUGCCGGCGCCGGGCGCGCUUUCCCCGGCGGCAGCUGGGGCGUCCCCGGAGCGUACGGAGCUGCGAAGCCAAUGGGCCCCGGUAUGACCCGACGUAUGUUCGGUGCGGUGAACGGCGCCCACUCUGUCUCUGCCAGCUCCUCGGUGGAUGUCGACGGGGAAGGCAACGGGUCUUACGACGUGUCCUCUUCAGUUGGCUACUAAACCGAAUCCACCAUGAACAGCGAGUGAUGGUUGAGCUUUUAUCCGUCGUGUUUUAAUAAUUAUACUUAAUAUACGAGAUUACGUAUACAAGAGUGAUGCAAGAUACCUACGAUAGAAGAUAAAAGUGCCUCCAUCAAAUCCGACUGUAUCUACCGAAUAGGGCUGACUGCAGCUUCAAUUUCUUAAAAAGUUAAUCGGGUGCCGUUCAGCCCUAUAAUGUGUAUACUAAGAUACAACGACACAUGGCUUCAGAAUUGUUUUUCUGUCGUAAUCCUAAUUAUUCGUUACCUUGUUUAAUAUUUAAGUUUUAAUUAAUCUUACGAAUUACUGAGUGAAAGGUCCAAUCUUGACAUAAUUAACUAUUUCGUUAAUAACUAAAUAAAAUGGGUUACCUACUUGUAGCUAAAAUUUAAUGUGUGAACUUGUGUGAGUAUAUAGAUUAUAUAUUACCUACUUAGUGUCAAUGUAAUUGUGUAAAAAACCAUGAAAAAUCUAAUUUAACAUUGAACAAUUGAAUUAAUAUCCCAAAAAUUAUAUGCGAGUACACGCACAUAUAAGCUCAAUUAUGCGUGUUAGUGUUAAUUAAAAUUAAUUGCAACAUUAUGUGAUAUGGUUCGCACUCUACAAUUGUGUAGAUUUGUAUUACUGCAGUUGUAGCUUUUAGUAAAUAUCUUAUGUUAAGUAACUUUCAUGUGAUACUUAUAGUUUGAUUUAUUAUAGUUAGGUACAUUGUUCAGGAUGGGUCACAAAUAAAUAAAUGCAUUUUAUAUUUCA